AUGUCUAUUCCGAACCUAGAUUCACAUCACCUGCAGCAAGAUCCUAAUAGCAACGCCGAUCCUCAGGUUCCGCUUCAGAACCUAUCCCUGGUUCGGACCAGAAUCGAUUCUCUACGAACAUUCCUCUCCCAAUCCAUCAACGCCAACACUCCCUUCACCAACGAUCAAAUAACCGUCGUCUCCAACCAGAUCGUCUCCGCCAUCAACCACACCAUAGUCAACGCUGCCGCACUUGUCUCUUACUAUCAAAAUAUCACCGUUCCCGCAGCCUCCGUCCGCUUCAGACCAGAACCAUCCGCCGUGGAUAACGCCAAACAACAUAUGCUCGAUUCAAAAAUUGAACCACCUGACAACAACUACCUCACCGGGGAUGACUCCGAUUCCGACUGCGAAAUCGUCGAGCUCGACGCCGUCGAACUGUUCGCGGAACAUCUCCAUUUCUGCGAGAUUUGCGGGAAAGGUUUCAAGCGCGACGCAAAUCUGCGGAUGCACAUGAGAGCGCACGGGAACAAGUUCAAGACGCCAGAAGCGUUGGCGAAGCCUUUAGACGGAAGCGCACGCCGCGGUUCGCGGUUCUCGUGUCCGUUCGAAGGAUGUAACAGAAACAAAAAGCAUGGGAAGUUCAAGGCGUUGAAAUCGGUGAUUUGUGUUAAAAAUCAUUUCAAGAGGAGUCAUUGUCCGAAGAUGUAUUCGUGUGAUCGGUGUCAUAAGAAGAAGUAUUCGGUGCUUUCGGAUUUGAAGAGCCAUAUGAGACAGUGUGGUGGAGAGCGUAGGUGGAAGUGCUCAUGUGGGACCACGUUUUCUAGGAAGGAUAAGUUGUUUGGACAUAUUGGUCUGUUUGAGGGUCACAUGCCUGCUGUUGUUUUGGAAGAUGAGGAGGAGAAAGGGAAACAAGUUGUGGUGCAGGAGAGCGAAGGGGAUUUGGAUUUGGAUAUCCAUAUGGAUGAAGACUUCUUUAAUGAUUUUGGGUCUAUUGAUAACUAUUGUUUGAGGGAAGUUUUGGGAUUUUCUGAUAGCUAA